GUACACCAACCCAGACCUUCAAGGCCCGCAACUCAGCAUGCACGGUGACAUUCCGCCGCAAAUAGUCUUUUUCAUUCCCUCCUCAUGCAUCGACAUUCAUUCCCACUUCUACCCCGCCCCACGUGCCUGUGACCUCGUCCCGACUGGUUUCGGCCAUUCCACAUUUUUGCGAUGUGCGCGCUACCCGCAGCCCGUGAAACGCUUUCCCCUCUCCCCGCUCGCACGUCCCACUCCCUGCUUCCCGCUGCGCUCGUCCCUGCCUUUCCCCUAGCAUAGUAUCCCUGCCAUGGUUUGAAGGUUUGUUUUUAUCCAUGGGAUGGCAUGGUUGGGCACGGCGCGGCAUGGCAUGGCAUGGCGCGGCGUGGCAUGGUGUGGCAUGGAAUGGCACUACACGUGAUGGCAUGGCAUCAGAUGCGCAUUGGGGUUCACAAGGCAGUGAUGCGAGGCGGGCUCUCAUCAUCCCCGGUUCAGACAAGGGGGGAGGCGAGCUCAAACAAGGGGGGAGCUGGUGGGGCGGCUGGUUUUCGAGCGGGAGAAGGGCGCUGAAAGGAGGGAACGAGGGCACGGAAGGGGGGCUGGAGGGCACUGGGGGAGAGGAAGGAGGGCUCAGCAGGGAGCGCACGCCCCACUCACUCUCCACGCCCCCACCCCCACUCAUCUGCCCUCCCACUCCAUUGCAGCGUCCCCAUGCCUUCCCUCCCCAAGCCGGGGUCCCCAUCUCGCCUGGUCUUUUCCUGUCUUCCAUGCUUUCCCCCCAACCCAUGCUCCACCCCCCACUACCCCUCCCCCCUCACCCAUUAUGUCCCCGCUUCCCGCUUCCCGCUCGGAGGGCUUUUCACACCCCUUACUUCCAUCCCGCCACAGUAGCUGGGUUUGUGGUAGAAUGAGACAUGGCUGUAGGGCGUGCUAUAUUGUAAAUAGAUCCCUGUUGCUCGGCUAGAAAAAGCGCUCUAUCUGCUUGGCUGUCCAUAACAUGAGCUCGCGUUCAAUUUUUAACUACGUCUGUGAAUGGAAUUUAGUGCUCUGCUACUCUUGAGAUGUAAUGUAUUUCAU